GCGUUCGAGGAAACUUUGUCGGGGGUGUUGUUGGACAUUCCGACAUUUGUCAAGUCGUUAAAGUCGCCCAACGAUCUCGUAUUCACUAAGACGGCGGAUUUUAGCCAAAUGCUCGUGGCCUUCCGUGGGACGUGGUCCGAGUAUAAACAGCGGUUACGGGAGCAGGGAAUUGAG